UUUAAGGCAUGUUUUCAAACAUUUAAUGUAUUUUAAUAUUUUUGAAAUCACUAUAACAUGUGUACCACUUAUGACAUGUGAUUAUCAAUGAAAAUAUGGAUAAAGAAGACAAACAUAAGAGUCAUCAGAAAAGACAAAGUGGCAGAAAAGCAGACAAAAAGAAGUUGAAUGCAAAUAAUGCCAAUAAUAGUGACACAAAUGUCACAAAUAGUCAGAAGAAGAAUAGUAAGGCUUUUGCCAUCAAAUCUGCCGUUAAGGCCGAGAGACAGUUCAGACGUAAACAAGACUUGACAGCAAAGAGGGAACAGUUGCCAACCGUUGAUAGGACACCACUAGAACCGCCACCAUUUGUUGUGGCAGUAGUUGGUCCACAAAAAGUGGGUAAAUCGACAUUAAUUUCAUCGAUACUGAAGAAUCUGAGCCGAAGUAAAUUGUCUCAAAUGGUUGGUCCCAUCACUUGUGUGGCCGGAAAGAAACGCCGAUUGACUCUUAUUGAGUGCAAUAAUGAUAUUAAUUGUAUGAUAGAUGUGGCAAAAGUAGCGGAUUUGGUGUUACUUAUGGUUGACGCCAGCUUUGGCUUCGAGAUGGAGACCUUUGAGUUCUUAAAUAUCUGUCAAUCGCAUGGAUUUCCAAGAAUUAUGGGUGUAUUGACUCAUUUGGAUGUUUUUAAAAAUCCGAAAUCAUUGCGCAAAACAAAGAAGAUUUUGAAACAUCGUUUUUGGACUGAAAUCUAUUCCGGAGCUAAACUCUUCUAUUUGUCUGGACUUAUCGGUGGACACUAUCUUAAGAAUGAAAUUCACAAUUUAUGUCGAUUUAUAUCAGUCAUCAAAUUCCGUCCGUUGCAGUGGAUUACAAGUCAUCCAUAUUUAAUUGUUGACAGAAUUGAAGACAUAACUAAUCAAGAAUUGAUUCGUCAAAAUCCUAAAUGCAAUCGAAAAGUCUGUCUUUUUGGUUAUUCUCGAGGAAGUAAUUUUAAGAGGAAUAAUGACAUUCACAUACCUGGUUGCGGGGAUUUUACAAUAAAAGAUAUAUCAUUUUUAUCUGAUCCAUGUCCUCUACCCGACAAAGAGAAGCGAAGAUCACUCAAUGAAAAAGAACGUCUUAUAUAUGCGCCGAUGUCUGGUGUCGGCGGUUUGGUCUAUGAUAAGGACGCCAUUUAUAUAGACUUAGGCGGAAGUCAUUCGCAUAAAGAUAAAACAGAUGAACACAAAGAACAUGACGAUGAAAUGGUCUCUUCUAUCAUUUCCUCCAAACAAACCAUUGAUGAAAAAAUGGCUUCAACUCAACUUCAAUUAUUUAGUAAUACAGUGCCUUCUUUGGCAUCAAAUGUGUUUAGUAAUGAAAGAUUCAGAAGGAAAGUCACGUUUAAUACCGAACUUAAUUUAGAUGAAUAUGAAGACGAGGCAAAUGAUGAUUAUUCAGAUGAAGAUAAUGAGAGUGAAAAUGAGCAACAAAUGGAUUUACAAAAUGAAGACUCCGAAGACGAUAUUAAUGAAGAAAUUAGUGAUUCAGAUGAAGUGAUUGAAGACGAGGAUGAGUUAAAUGUCUCGAAAUGGAAGAAUGACUUGUCAUCUAAAGCUGCAAAUGCUUUCUAUUCAAGACUUGAGAGAACAGAAAAUAUACAGAAAUUAGUUUACGGCGACACUAAUGACUUGAAAGAUGAUAACUAUUUUAAUGAUUACAAAGAACUUUCUGACGGUUUGUUUAAAGUGAUUGAGAAAAAACACGAAGAGAUGCAUAAAAUGAAGGCAACGCUAAAUUCAAUUGAAUGCACAAAAUUUCCAAAAGAAUUACUUAUUAAUUGGAACUCUGAUCGUGUAUUUGAUACCAUUAAAGAUUGUUUUGUUACCGGAAAGUGGGCCGACAAUGAAGAUGCGGCCAAACUAUUAGCCAUAGAUACGGAUCAGACAAUUGAAGAGAAAUCUGAUGACGAAGUGUUUGGAGAUUUUGAAGAUUUGGAAACUGGAGAAAAGUUUUUUGGAAAUGUGGAGGAAAAUAAUGAAAAGGAUAAAAAUGAUGGGAAUAAUGAUUCGGAUAAUGAAAUGCAAAAAUUGAUGGAAAAGAAGCGCAAAACGAAAGAACGAUUUGACUUAGAAUACGAUGAAAAGGAUGGAAAUGAAGAGAAAUCAUUUCUUGAAGUACAACGAGAAAAACUUCAGGAACAGAGUCGGUUAAAUAGAAGUGAAUUCGAGAACAUGAAUGAUGAACAAAGGAUUCAAUUUGAAGGAUUCAGAGCCGGAAUGUAUUUAAGACUUGAAAUCGAUAACAUUCCGCACCAAUUGAUCGAUAACUUUGAUCCCAACCAUCCAUUGAUUGUCGGUGGACUUCUUAGCGGUGAAACUAAUAUUGGAUACGUUAGAGUCCGGAUUAAGAAGCAUCGAUGGUAUGACAAGAUUUUGAAGUCUAGAGACCCGCUUAUAAUGUCAAUGGGUUGGAGACGCUUUCAAACACAACCUUUGUAUUCAACUCAAGACGACAACGGACGCAAUCGACUUCUCAAAUACACUCCACAACAUAUGCAUUGUUACGCUUCGUUUUGGGGUCCAAUUAGUCCUCAAAAUACAGGCUUUAUAGCCGUACAAUCGGUAUCGGAUAUAAUACCUAAUUUCAGAAUUGCCGCCACAGGUGUUGUACUCGACAUAGAUAAGUCUUCACAAAUCGUUAAAAAACUUAAAUUAUUGGGAACUGCUUUAAAAAUAUAUAAAAAGACUGCUUUUAUUAAAGGCAUGUUCAACACAGCUCUGGAAGUGACCAAAUUUGAAGGCGCAUCCCUUAGGACUGUCAGUGGCAUUAGAGGCCAAAUUAAGAAAGCUAUUCGCGCGCCUCCCGGAGCUUUUAGAGCCACAUUUGAGGAUAAAAUACUUAUGAGUGAUAUUGUAUUUCUAAAAACAUGGUAUACCGUAACUGUGCCUAAGUUUUAUGCUAUCGUGACUUCAUUAUUAUUACCACUAAAUGAAAAGCUUAAAUGGCAGGGAAUGAAAACUGUUGGACAACUUAGAUAUGAAUCGGGAAUACAAGCGCCCAAUAAUAGAGAUUCUCAUUACACACCAAUAGAGAGAAAGAAGUUUAACUUUAAACCAUUAACUAUAUCGAAGUCACUUCAACGAGAACUACCAUUUAAGGCAAAACCAAAACUUUUGCCUAAAAAGCAAAAUAAAGUAAAACGAGUGGCUGUUGUCAGGGAUCGGGAGGAACAACAAACACAUAAUCUGAUGAAAAUGAUUAGAGCAGCCCAUAGACAGAAAAUGAUGAAAGAAAAACAAGCAAUGGCUCAGAGAGUGGCCAAACAUAAGAAAGAAAUGAAUAAAAUACAGAAAGGAAGAGAAAACAAACAAAAAGAAACGAAAAAACGAAUAUUCAGUAAAUUAAGUAAAAAGAAGACUAAAGAAAAUAAUUAAAUAAUAA